CUAUAUUCAUCCCAUAUUAUACGUUUCUUCUGGGUUGGUUCCCGGCGAAAAUUCCAGUUCUUCAGAUCAUAGAUUUUCGCAUGAUCUAUAUAUUAAUAACCUUAAAUAAUCCUUUAAUUUCGCUCUAGUUUCUUUUUUACCAGAAGAUUCGAUCAAUUUCGCUUCAACGGUUUCCAGAUAUUCGUUUUCUAUCUGCUAAAUUUCGUUCCAUGAAGAAGGUGCUUCAUCGAGGCUUCAAGCCGGCUAAAUGCAAAACAGCUUUGCAAAUGGCGAAUUCACGCCUCAAGAUACUCAAGAACAAAAAGGAGAUUCAGAUUAAACAGCUGAGGAGAGAGUUAGCUCAAUUGCUGGAAGCUGGGCAUACACCUACAGCUAGAAUUCGGGUAAGCAACCUGACUCUUUGGUUCUGUCUACACCACUCAUGUCUUUGUUUGAUUAACACUGGGGAAUGUGCUUAUAUGCUUCUCUCUCUCUCUCAGGUGGAACAUGUGGUGAGGGAAGAGAAGACAGUGGCUGCUUAUGAGCUCAUUGGAAUCUAUUGCGAGCUUAUUGUUGUUCGUCUGGGUGUUAUCGAAUCGCAGAAACACUGCCCCAUUGAUCUGAAAGAAGCGGUCACGAGUGUGUUAUUUGCUUCCCAGAGGCUAUCCGAUGUCCCUGAGCUCUCAGAAAUCGUUAAGCAAUUCACAACCAAGUACGGAAAGGACUUUGCUACUUCUGCUAUUGAGUUGCGUCCAGAUUCUGGUGUGAGUCGCCUGUUGGUGGAGAAAUUGUCGGCUAAACCCCCGGAUGGUCCAACAAAGGUCAAGAUUUUGAUGGAAAUAGCUGCGGAGCACAAUGUCGUAUGGGAGGCACAAUCUUUUGUUGAACCGGAUCCGAAAGACCAGGUGUUGAGUGGAGCAAGCUCGUUUCAGUCAGCGAGUAGUAUGAACAAGGAACAGCCUCCAAACGUCCAAGCUCCAUCUACUGUUAAUGUUCAACAUGGAUCAAGUGAAAGACAUCAUUCCCCAGAGAGCUCUUAUCAUACAAGCGAUGGAAGAUCUUCAAGCCGUAGCAACGUUGUUAGUUCCGGGAAGGUUGAAGACUAUCAUCACCCAAAUGCAAGACCUUCUCGGUCUAGAGCUGAUGAAGGGGAAUGUAGAAAUCCAAAUCAUGGCAAUGAGAAUACAUCUUCGAGAAGUAACCAUAGGUGGGAAACAGAGUUUGCUGAUUCUACGGAUGCUGCACGUGCGGCUGCUGAAGCCGCUGAAAGAGCAAGUUUUGCUGCUAGAGCAGCUGCUGAACUUUCCAGCAAAGAAAGGAUGACGAGGCAGAAUUCAUCAGAGUCGCAUGUAUCCUCUGCAUCGGUUAAUUUCAGAAACGAGCCUUCACAUAGACGUAACAGAUCGAAUGUACAAAGUGAAAGUUCUUCUGAAGAUAAUUCUUCGCCAAGAGGUAAUGUUAGGAUGCAACACAGAACUCGACAAGAUAGUUAUGGUAGGGCAAAAGAAUCUGAGAUUCCUCCUGUGGAUCAGCUAUCAGAAAGACAUUCACUAGAGAACUCGAGAAAGAGCGGUUCCUUUGGUAAAACAGUUAGGGAGAAGCAGCCAAGCGAGGAUGAGAGGGAUUUGAAUGUUGGUUACUCGGAAGAUGUUCACCUUAGGAAGCAGUCAAGCAGGGCUUCAUCGCAUUCACAUUCGAGCAAUUAUUCUGAUGAGAAUGUCAUUGGCUCAGAUUAUAUGAAGUCACCGAGCGUCGUGGAGGAAAACAUUUUUGCCACUGAAUAUGAUCACCAAUCUCAGAGCAGCUUUAAACAUACUGAUUCCCAUGGUCAUGGACAUGAUGAUGCUGCAGCUGCUGAUACUUUUGAUGAUUAUGGCUCCUUUUUCGAUAAACCAAAGUUCGAUGCGGAAGAUGAAUAUGAUGAUCAUGGUGUGGGAUUUUCAUUGCUUGGCAGCAAAACGCCUACUUUUGCACCAACACCAGCUGCUUCUUGGAGCUUCAAAGGAGACCAUAGUAACUCUCAUGUAAAUCACAGCUCAAGCUUACAAGUCUUCCAAGAGAGUCCAAAUUCUCCAUUAUUUGAUGAUGUCUCUACGAGUCCUCCUUCUUCAUACCAUGAGCCCGACCCACAUGCGAAGUUUGACAAUUAUGAUGGUCCAAAUUCAGAAAGCGAUGAUGAUCAGCCUAGACACAGAGGUAAAGUUUCUGGAGGUUUAGACGAAAGGGUGAAUCUGACAUCUGAUCGAUCUCAGAAGUUUCAAGUCUCUGAUGCCGUGGGACAUGAACUCUUCACUGUAGACACAGAAGAACACAAAGAUGAUUCAAGGACACGGGAAGAGUCAGAUUCUGAGGCAGAGUCUCAGACUGGUCUGAAUUUUAGACCUUUGGUCGGUGGGUUUAGGAACAAAAAGACACUCCCACCAUACAGAAUAGGUCUGGCGAGAGAACAUAAUGGAACAGAUGAUGUUGUUCGGUCGAUGUCUACCUCUAGCAGUAGCAGAAAAGAUAUCUACACUAAGAAAGCAAGCAACAUCGAGAAAAGACCAAGCUCUACGCCACCACAUCCAUCUUCUUCUAGUGAUGACGACGAUGACUCAGAGAUCCAACUUCGAGGAAGAAGAACAGAAACAAAACACCGAUCCUCAUAUCGCCAUUCCCAUGUCAGCCAUGAUGACUCAGAGGAAGAACUUCCAAAACGAGCUUCUGUCAGAAGUCAAGUGAGAACUGGUAAGCCAACAACGGGGAUGAGAGAUCACAAUAGGCCAAACUUCAAGGCCCCAGCUUCAUCCUCGUAUGAAGAUGAUGAGGACGAAGUCGAAAGAGACAUUGCACGAGUCAGUGCCACGCCAACUAAAACAACCGGGGUCUCCCUAAGGACAAAGGGACAAGUGAAAGCUCAUGAGAAGCGCUCGUUCCCAGUGACAGCAACGAAAACCGACAAAGAGUCUCGUGAUCAGCCAUCUCCAAGGCACGAGACAGUAACUUCGAGACCUGUAAAAUCACCCGAUCCAGAAACCCCGUCAAGGGAGAGAGCCAGUCAUGUUCAUCCCAACCUCCCGGAUUAUGACGAUGUCUUUGCAAGGCUUGGGGCUCUUCGUGCUCCUAAUCGCCGCUGAAUCUACUCACCCUCUGUCUGUUCAUACAUUUAUUCUUUGUCACAGAGAUCAGUGCCCACUCAUUCUUUCCUCUGAUUAAAUUUGAUACUCUUACACAUUUUUACAGAUUGAGGCAGUGGUGUGAAUAGUUCUGCUUGUUCUUUUUCCCUUUUGUCUAUUAUAUAUUUGGGUUUGAUCAACAGAAUAGAAACCAGUAUUUGUGAAGCUAAAGAUUUUAUAAUAACAUUUGAAAUGUUGAUACAAUAGAAAUAAAGUUUGUUCUUACUAAUUGCCAUUUUGCUCAAAGUACAGUGCAAGAAUUAAACAUACAAUGUCGAAAAAAGCUAAGACAAAUGACAUGUUUCUCUCAAGUUUUGAACAUCUCUGCGAUAUCCAACAAUUCAGUAGAAGAAACCAAGAACCUGACCACCCACAUUCCUUUUGAUAGCUUCUUCAUGGUCCAAAAUGCCAUCAGGAGUUGUCAUAACGACAAAACCUGGCGUGUUGGAAGUGUGCGUUCUGUGUACUGCCCAAUCUCUUUUGCCUUGACGUCUUGCCUAUAAGUGAGAGCUUUGCAAUCAUUAACCCUUCCUUGUAGAUCAACAGUUAUUCUUCCAACUCUAUGUGGAUCAUAGACUUGAUAGUUCUUUAUGUAACCUAAGAGUUAAAAAAAACGAAACUUUCACUCGUCUGCAACUUCAGUUUCAACCAAGAACAAAAGCUAACUUUUGGAGGAUGUUACUAAUCUUCUACAUUGAGAGAGAUCACACAUGGCAAUGCUUGAGCUAUACGGUUUAGGGUCAGCUCAGC